AUGAAGCAGGAUGAAGUGAACCCAACAAAGGCGCAAAUUUCGGCACGGCAGUUCCUUUCGCGAAAGUUGCCAACUUUCACCGGUCGACAUGAGGAGUGGCCAAUCUUUUUAAGCAGUUUCAACACCACGACUAAGGCUUGCGGAUUUUCAAAUUUAGAGAACCUGGCUCGUUUGCAGGAGAGCUUGAGGGGCCCUGCACGGGAUUCAGUUUGCAGUCGACUGUUGUUGCCGGAAGCGGUACCGCAAAUCAUCGAAACAUUGCGGAUGCUGUAUGGGAGGCCGGAGCAAUUAUUGAACGCGUUGCUGGUGAAAGUGAGGAAGACAGAUCCACCGAAAGCGGACCGAUUAGGUACGUUCAUCAGUUUUGGGAUGGUAGUUCAGCAAUUAUGCGACCAUCUUGAAGCAACGCAACUCAAUGACCACCUGGUAAAUCCCUUGCUGAUCCAGGAGCUGGUUGAGAAGUUACCUCCAGGGACGAAAAUGGAUUGGGUUCGGUACAAAAGGCUACAGGGUAGAGUCACACUUCGGACGUUGGCUGAUUUUUUGUCCGAACUGGUGUCUACUGCCAGUGAAGUAAGUGGAGUCGUGGAUGCAUCAUUAAAUCCAAUCGGUAGUCGUGCCAGCAAGAUCAGAGGCGGAAGAUCGAAGGAAUAUGAAAGUCACAUCAACGCACACAGCGAAGAAUUGUCGAGAAAACCGGAAUACCCAAGAACACCGUGUCCAACGUGUGGACGCACAAACCAUCGACUUCGGAACUGCGAUGAAUUUCGAAAGAUGGGUGUUUUGCAGCGACUGGAGGUUGUCGAUCGAUUUGAACUAUGUCGAUCAUGUCUGAACGCGCAUGGGAGGAGCAGAUGCAAAGCGAACAUUCGGUGUAAGGUCGACAGGUGUCAAGGCCAGCACAAUACAAUGCUUCACCAACAUUCAACGGAACUGCGUUCAAACUGUAAUGCACACAGCGCAAGUCAGCAGGUGUCGGUAAUUUUUCGGAUGAUUCCAGUAACACUGAGCUACGGAGGAAUGUCCAUCAACACCUUAGCUUUUCUCGAUGAGGGUAGUUCUUUCUCGCUGGUGGAAUGUUCUAUCACAAAUAUGUUGAAGGCGACUGGGAAACCACAGCCCCUACGUGUUACCUGGACCGCAGGGAUGACGAGGCUAGAACGGGAGUCAAUGCUGUUGAAUCUGACGAUUUCUGCUGUCGGUUCGAAGGAACGGUUUUCGAUGGAAAAGGUCCACACUGUGGAGGAGCUGAAGUUGCCGGUGCAGUCUCUGAACUACCGGGAAUUGGCGGAGAGCUAUAGCCAUCUUAGAAAUCUUCCGGUAGCUGAGUAUCCAAAUGAGUCUCCGAGGAUUUUAAUUGGUUUGAAACAUCUACAUUUAUUUGCACCCAUUGAAUCGCGAAUUGGUCGACCAGGAGAGCCGAUAGCCAUUAGAUCCAUGCUCGGGUGGACGGUCUAUGGUCCAAAAGAAGGAGGUAGCUUGCGAACUGUAUACGUUGGACAUCAUUCAUGCACUGGUGUGUCCAAUCAAGAACUGCAUGAUCUUCUCAAGUCACAAUAUAUACUUGAAGAGCCGGGUGUAACAGUGGAUGUUUUGCCAGAGUCAGCUGAAGAUCGACGAGCUCGGGAGAUAUUGGAAACUACGACGAAGCGAGUUGGAGACAGGUUCGAAACGGGUAUGCUAUGGAAAGAGGAUGAUCCAUCGUUUACAAACAGCUACCCAAUGGCAUCAAGUCGAAUGAGAAGUCUCGACAAGCGCCUAUCGCAGAACCCACAACUAUUGGAAAACGUUCGGAGCCAACUCGUGAAAUAUCAAAGUAAGGGGUACUGUCACAGAGCAACUGUAGAGGAAUUAACGAAGACUGACCCCAAGAAGGUGUGGUACCUUCCCCUCAACAUUGUGAUCAAUCCGAAGAAGCCGAAUAAAAUUCGGCUUGUAUGGGAUGCCGCUGCUGCUGUAGAAGGUGUGUCGCUUAAUUCGAAGCUGCUUAAGGGACCGGAUUUCUUAACUUCGUUACCUUCGGUUGUGUGUAAGUUCCGACAGUACAGUAUUGGAUUUGGGGGAGACAUCCGAGAGAUGUUCCACCAACUGAUGAUUCGUCCGGAAGACAGGCAAGCUCUGCGGUUCAUGUUUGAUGGAGAGAUCUACGUGAUGGACUGCGCUAUAUUUGGAGCAACAUGCUCGCCAAGCCAGGCGCUCUACGUUAAGGAUCGCAACGCUAGUGAGUUCUUGAAGCAGUUUCCAGAUGCCGUAAGUGCUAUUGUAAAUCGACAUUACGUGGAUGACUACUUCGACAGUACAGAGACCGUGAAAGAGGCGGUGAAAAGGGCAAGUGAGGUCAAGUACAUCCAUUCAAGGGGCGGUUUCGAGAUUCGAAACUGGGUGUCGAAUUCUCACGCAGUACUCCAGCAGCUAGGUGAGUCAAAAACGAACCAAAUGGUCUAUUUCAAUACCGAUAAAGCUACGGGCUCUGAGCGGGUUUUGGGAAUCGUCUGGGACCCUCAAGAGGAUGUGUUCACGUUUGCUUUGAAACUGCGAGAGAAUCUGCAACCAUGUCUGACAGGCGACAAGCGUCCGACCAAACGAAUCGUUUUGAGUAUAGUGAUGAGUCUGUUUGAUCCGUUAGGCUUGCUGACGAUGUUCGUCAUUCAUGGUAAGAUGUUGAUACAGGACCUAUGGCGCACAGGUUGUGAGUGGGAUGAUACGGUCGACGAUGAGAGCUUCGAAAAAUGGAAAAGAUGGACAGCGCUACUGCCCGAUAUAGAACGGCUAAGAAUUCCCCGUCACUAUUUCGGUGCUGGUGAAUUUCUGGACUACGAAUCGUUACAGCUACACGUAUUCGUAGAUGCCAGUGCCGGUGCAUAUGGCUGCGUAGCAUAUUUUCGGUUGUUAGUAGAUGGGAUUCCGCGGUGUACCUUGGUUCAAGCAAAAUCUAAAGUGGCACCGUUAAGGCAAUAUUCGAUACCACGUUUGGAGUUGAUGGCAGCGGUGAUGGGAGCAAAAUUAGCCGAAACCGUCAAAGCAAAUCACAGUUUUUGCAUCAACCGUGUUCAAUUUUGGACGGAUUCAAGUACAGUGUAUUCCUGGAUUGUAUCGGAUCACCGGAAGUACAAAGUGUUCGUGGCUUACCGGAUUGGCGAAAUUCUGAGUAAGACAAACCCAGCGAAUUGGCGUUGGAUUUGCACGAAGCUGAAUAUAGCGGAUGAUUUGACUAAAUGGAAGAACGGAAACAAAAUUGAAUCACAUAGCCCCUGGUUCACCGGCCCUAAGUAUCUAUAUGAAGCAGAGAAUAUGUGGCCAUAUCCGGAACCACCCAGACCAAACGUGACUGAAGAGCUACGGGUCAGCGCGUUGUUCCACAGUGUAGAGAUCGCGGACCCUCUAAUCGAUUGUAGUCGUAUUUCGAAGUGGAACAUUAUAGUCCGCACGGUGGCAAACGUUGUACGGUUCGUGUCAAACAUUCGGCGUAAACAGCAGGGCUUACCGAUCGAAUCGUUACCAGUUGAUCGUAGGAUAGCACGGUUAGGUAGAGGUUCCGUAGCAGCAGUAAAACGUCCCUUGUCGACAGAGGAAUACCAAGAGGCUGAGCGCCUUCUGUGGAAAAUGGCGCAGGUAGAAUCAUUUCCAGAUGAAGUGAAAACGUUAGUGAAAUGCAGAGAAGGGAAAAGAAUAUCCAUUGAUCGUUCUAGCAAUAUUUUCAAGCUUUCGCCUGUGCUGGACGAACACAAUGUGAUGCGGAUGGAUGGUAGAGUACAAGAGGGAGAAUUCAUUCCAUUUGAGUUACAGUUCCCAGUGAUUCUUCCGAAAGGGCACCCAGUUACUGUCAGGCUUAUAGAAUACUAUCAUAAUCUAUUUGGUCAUGGAAACCGAGAAACCGUAGUGAACGAGUUGAGACAACGUUUCUACAUCCCAAGGGUCCGAAGAGAGCUAGAGAAAAUCGGAAAAAACUGUAUGCAGUGCAGAGUAAGAAAAUGUAAACCGGUGGUUCCGAGGAUGGCUCCGCUUCCAAAUCAACGAACUACUCCUUACGUUAGGCCAUUCAGUUAUGUGGGAGUAGACUUCUUCGGUCCGAUCAAUGUGGUGGUUGGACGUCACACGGAAAAGCGUUGGUGUGCUCUCUUUACUUGCUUUGGAACGAGAGCUAUCCACCUUGAAGUCGUACAUAGUUUAUCGUCGCAAGCGUGCCUGAUGGCCAUUCGUCGUUUUGUUUGCAGACGAGGAGUUCCCGUUGAGUUUUUCUCUGAUAAUGGGACGAACUUUGUGGGCGCCAGUAAGGAGAUUAUGAAGGAGAUCAAAUCUGAUUGUUCCGAAGAGCUGACGAGUUCUAGGACCCGAUGGAACUUCAAUCCGCCAUCAGCACCCCACUUUGGCGGAGUUUGGGAGAGGCUCGUUCGUUCGGUGAAAGAGACGAUGGAUGUAUUGGAUGACGGCCGCAGACUGACGGAUGAAAUACUCCAAACUACAUUAACUGAAGCAGAGGACAUAGUAAAUUCCAGACCCUUGACUUAUGUUCCUCAAGAUCCAGAAAAUUCGGGAGCUAUUACUCCAAACCAUUUCUUGAGGGGACAACCAUCAAGUGGAACAGAGUGUCGCAGGCUGUCGACCAAUGAUGCGGAGGCUCUAAAAAACAGCUACAAGAGGUCGCAGCUAUUGGCUGACCGUAUAUGGAAGCGAUGGUUGACCGAGUAUCUUCCGUUCAUCAACCGACGUGUCAAGUGGCACACUGAGCAGAAGCCAUUAGAAGUAGGCGAAGUUGUGUUUGUGGCAGACGAGGACAACCGGAAGUGUUGGGUUAGAGCAAUUGUGGAAGAAGUUAUUCUUGGAGUUGACGGACGUAUUAGGCAAGCAGUGGUACGUACAGCCAAGGGAACGUAUAAGCGUCCGGUAGCCAAGCUGGCGGUGCCGGAGAUUCGUAUUGGUAAAUCUGGCAAGGAUCCUUCACCAGUGUUACGGGGAGGGGCUGUUGCGGCACCGGUGACGUCAUAG